AUGAGGGAUACAUUUCAAGCUCAGAUCGAGCAAAACGAAUUUACGAUCAAAAAACUUGAAGCUAGCGUUGAGGCACAAAAGGAAACUUUGAAGGAAAGCGAGCAGCUUCAAGCUAAAAUCAAUGAACUACAAACUAAGCUGAAAGCACAGCAAGAAACUCUGAAGAGAAGCGACGAGCUAAAUAAUUAUUUAAUAAGUGAAAAGGAUAAACGCAUUGUAGAUUUGGAUAGGAAACUAGAAGCUAGCGUCAAGGCACAAAAGGAAACUUUGAAGGAAAGUGAGCAGCUUCAAUCUAAAGUCCAUGAACAAGAAAUCGUUAUCAAGACGCAGGACUUUACGUACAAGGAACUUAAGACAAAUAACACUGUAUUGAAGGAUCAGUUUCAAGCGAAGUUUGAGCAACAGGAGCUCACAAUCAAGAAACUAGAGAGUAACAUUGAGGCACAAAAAGAAACUUUGAAGUUAAUUGAGCAGCUUCAAGCUCGCGUCCAUGAACAGGAUGUAGUCAUCAAAACACAUGAACUUAUGUACAAGGAACAGCAAACCAAUUAUACUUUAAUGAAGGAUCACUUUCAAGCCCAAAUCGAGGAAAAGGAAUUCAGUACCUACAGCCUACAAAAUGAAGUUAAGAACACAUUAAAGAAAAGUGAGCAGUUCGAAGCUAAAAUACGAAGACAAGAAUUCCUUAUCAAGACACAACAACACAAUAUCACUUUAUUAAAGGAUCAAUUCCAAGCUAAGUUUGAGCAACAGGAGCUCACAAUCAAGAAACUAGAAGCUGGCGUUGAGGCACAAAAGGAAACUUUGAAGGAAAGCGCGCUUCUUCAAGCUAAAGUCAAUCAACUUCAAACUAAGAUUGAAGUGCAGCAAGAAGCUCUGAGGAGCAGCGACGAGCUAAUAACUGAAAAGGAUAAGCGCAUUGUAGAUUUGGAUGAACGCAUUGCUGACUUAAAAGAGCAAAUAAACAACAUGAAUAAGAAUAAACAAUUCGAAGAUAAGCUGAUUAAAUAUGUAGAACAAGCUGAAGUGACUAGAUGUGUGCCUUAUGGCAAUGAUAUUCAAACGAUACGUGUGCCUGGCACGGAGGCCUUCCAGGUGCCCUGUGAUUACAAGUUCGCUGACGAGGGAUGGACUAUAGUUCAACGCAGAAUGGAUGGCUCCGUGAACUUCAAUAGAACAUGGGAUGAGUAUAAGCACGGCUUCGGUGACCUACGAGGUGAAUUCUGGCUCGGGCUAGAGAAACUGCAUCUUAUGACGAAGUUUCAGCUACACGAGCUCUACAUAGAACUGGAGGAUAUUAAGAGCGAAACACGUUAUGCACGCUAUAGCAAUUUCAUAAUUGGAAAUGAGGCGCAAUCUUACGAACUAUUAAGCUUGGAUGAUGAUAAGACCCACUAA